AUGGACGUUGAGCAUGAUACCGCUCGAAAACCUAUUGAUCAAGACACCCACGAUGCAUACGACUUGGCGGCCUUCGGACAUGACCAAAGUCUGAGCCGUAGCUUCAAUAUAUGGAGCAUGCUAGCGCUGGCAUUCUGUGUUCUCGGCACAUGGUCGACCUUUGCACAGGAUCUCUCUGAUGGUCUCAUCAACGGUGGGCCCGUCUCGAUUCUAUGGGGCCUCUUGCUGGUGACGUUUUGCAAUACUUGCGUGGCAGUGUCCCUUGGGGAAAUCUGCAGUAGCAUGCCAACCGCCCUGGGCCAAGCUUACUGGAUCCAUCGGCUCUGGGGCACACCGUGGGGUCGUUUUGUAUCCUAUAUGUGUGCCUGGAUUAAUGUCUUUGGCUGGUGGACUCUUGCUGCCUCGCAGAUCGCGUUUAUGACCAAUUUUAUCCUGGGGAUGAAGGUCAUGUUUAACGUCGAAUGGACUGGAGCGUCUAUGGGGUGGCUGGAGUUUGUGGUAUAUAUCGGACUCGUCUUUCUUCUCACUCUGAUAAACGUCAUGGGAUGCCGCAAAGAAAAGUUCCUGCCCUGGUUAAACAAUUUCGUCGGGGUGUGGUUCUUUGGCCUAUUCUUCGUCUUCUGCCUGGCGUUGCUUAUUUCUGUCGGUGUGCGCUCGGAGCUAGCGUUUCAACCAGGCUCCUUUGUCUUCGGUAGAUGGAUCAAUCGGACUGGAUGGCCUGACGGAGUCGUUUGGUUUAUCGGUUUGGUCCAAGCUGCCUAUGGGCUGACCGCAUUCGACGCGGUGAUCUAUUUGGCGGUGCUGUCUGGUGCUGCCAGUGGGUUUGUUCUGAUGAUGGUCUGUCUUUUCUGCAUUCAGAAGCUAGACAAAGUGAUCGACUCACCAACUGGCCUGCCAUUUAUGGAAUUGGUUCAGGAGACUGUGGGCCUGAAAGGAAGUGCCGUCCUCAUGGCUCUCUUUGUCACUAACGGUCUGGGACAAGGUGUCAGUAUCCUGACAACCGCUUCUCGACUGACGUGGGGGGUUUGCCCGCGAUGGUGGACUGCCAUUCAGUCGCUACCUCGCCGAGUCGGGGUGCUAUUUCUUUUUGCUGAGACCGUCCUAAACGCGAUUCUCAGUGUCAGCACUAUCGCACUCACCAUCUCCUACGGCUUGCCGAUCGCCACUGUCAUGGUGAAAGGACGCGAUCAGCUUCCUCCUGGAGGCCACUUCCGUCUGGGAAAGUUCGGUGCCCCAGCCAACUGGGUCAGCAUCAUAUACUGCUGCAUCACUUCGGUAUUUUUCUUCUUUCCGAGCUCGCCUAAUCCAUCUGGCUCCGAUAUGAAUUAUGCUAUUGCCGUCUUUGGCGUCAUGCUUGGGAUUGCCUUAUCCUUCUGGACGCUCCAGGGUCGCCGGACUUAUCUGAACACGGAGGAGUCAUUCGCUUCAGUUAUUCAAGCGCAGGACGCGAUAGUGAAUAACCCUCCCGCGUCGUCAGCGAUAAAGAAGGACUGA